GUUUUAAAUCUUUUAACAAGUUAACAGUUUGGACAGAAUUCAACAUUUUCUCUGAUUGUUUGUGAAUAUUGAACAUAAUUUAGUACAAUUUCUCCAACUGCACAAUGGUAAAGAGAAAGUCAUAUGCAAAACAUGGCGGAAACGAGGGUUACCAGUUUAGCAACAGAUCUCGGUUUUCCAAAAACCGACGUUACUCUGGUCGUGGAAGAUCAAAAGAUCCAUGUCAACAAAGCAGUCCUCUCGGAGCAUUCACCUGUAUUUAAUGCCAUGUUUAACAGUGAAUUCAAGGAAAGCACGGCAGUUGAGAUAACAUUAGAAGGAAAAAGAGCUGCAGAUGUUGCAGAAUUCUUAAAAUGUUUCUAUCCUAACAUGAAACAUACUGUUACAGCGGAGAAUGUACUACAUGUUUUGCCCUUAGCACACGAAUACCAGUCCUCUCUGGUAGCAGACUGUGAAAACUGCAUGAUUGAUAUGUGUAAACAAGAGAAGGGACUAACUGUAAGUAUGCUGCUAGACUACAUGUUGGCCGGGGACAAGUACGGUUUGACAACAUUUCUGGAGGCUGCUGUAAAAUUCUGUGCACACGUUGAUUUUGACCUUCUUAAUGGAAAAACAUUUACUAGUUCUUAUGAAAGAAUGUUUUUUCACAAAAUAGAACAAGAGGACAAAGAUAUAUCAUCGAAAUUUUCAAAGUUAGAGCUAAAAACCCAAUAUGCUAUAUCAAAGAAAAGACUGCAACGUAUGGAGAGGUGUAGAAGAAAUUCAGAUCCGGUUGAAGAUUAUACUAUCGCAUUAUCAUAA